UUUUCAAUGUCACAAAUGUCAAAUGUCUGAUCAGUGGAUGGGCGACCGGCUGAGUUGUUCGGAGACUGGUUACGAGAAUACUUUCACUUUACUAUUCUAUUAAACAAUUUCAGGGCCGUAGUCACAGUUCUCGUAACGCGGCGCGCCAGUCUUGGCGUGGUAUUUAUUUAAUAUUUGACGAAACAAGUGCGUUCCAUUAGAGCCACGUACACAAAUAGAAUUAUUUUACGUAAACAGCGAGCCUUUUCUCGCUUGUAAAGCAUGUGUACGUAAUUUUCACUCAAAUUUAUAAUAACUAACCGAGUGAAAAUGGGUAUGGAGAAAUAUAACAAUAUGGAUGGCAAGCCAUCAGAAUACUUGUAUCCUCCAGAGAUACUCAAGCGUUUGGACUUCGACAAAAGCCCGGCAAAGUUUAAGCCUAAGAUCAGCGCGGCGAAUCCCGGUGAAGACUGGAUGGUCGUGAGGCCGCUGCAGCGCUCUGAUUAUGAUAAAGGAUUCCUGCAGCUACUUGGACAACUGACCAGUGUGGGCAAUGUCACGCGGAAGCAGUUUGAAGAUCGUUUCACUAAAAUGAAGCAGUCUGGCGGAUACUACGUCACAGUGAUCGAGGACACACGUAUAUCUAAGCUGAUUGGAGCAGCCACACUCACCAUUGAACAGAAGUUCAUACAUAACUGCUCAGUGAGGGGACGUUUAGAAGAUGUGGUUGUCAAUGACACUUACAGAGGCAAGCAGUUGGGAAAAUUGAUCGUAGUAACAGUAUCGCUGCUAGCUCAGGAGCUCGGUUGCUACAAGAUGUCUUUGGACUGCAAAGACAAACUGAUCAAGUUCUACGAGACUCUCGGAUACAAGAUGGAACCCGGAAACUCUAACGCUAUGAACAUGCGGUUCGAAGAGCCAUCUUGACAAUUAGCCGCUGGGACAUCCGACCUGCGCUCUAAACUGUAAGUACGUCAAGGGGCCGAGCAGACAUCACGGCACAUCCAUACAGCACCCACCUAACAUCUGUUUACAAAGAUUAUGACGUCACUAAUAUUCUAAAGACGGAUUAUUGUGUUCUGUGUGUGUUUCUUGCACUAUUAAAGUUUGUUGUACCAAGGUUGUGAAUUGGUUGUCAUUUUAUUACCUUUUGCAAGUUUUAUCUAUGAAUAUCUGCAUAAUAAUGUUGAUUAAUAUAAUCUCAGAUAUGCACAUGUAAAUUAUUAACCCCCCUCAUUACCUAAUCACAUAACGCACUCGUUAUCGCAUUGUUACGUAGUCGGUUAUCGUAAAAACAGGAAAUUAAAAUUAGUAUACGCCAAUGGAUAACCUUGAGAUUGUCAUUUGGGUCGCAAUCUGCGGAAUUUAUAAAAAAGAAUAAAUUCAAAUUUUAAACCAAUCACAGUGGGCAAUAUGACAUUAAUGACAGCUCAUCAACCAAUCAGAAACGUUGGGUGAACUAGAAUUCGAAUUAAAGUUAUUUUUUCCUAUUGUUAUUAUUUGUUGUUAUUAAAAAUCACUGUUAUCUUGCUAUUUGCUUUUUUUUUGUGUUGGAUCUUGUGGUCUCUGCUUGGUCGUUCGCGUAUUUACAGUUUGCAGGGUCAAUUCUUCUAUCCAUCAAAGGUUGAGGUCACUUUAAAAAUGUCAAAGUGACAUGUGACAUUUACAUUUGAUGGGGUGACCAAUUGAUAAUGGAUAUCCUAGCACAUAAUUAUAUUAAAGUAAUAUCAAGGCGCGCAUAAAUUGUUAUUAAAAAUUUGUUGCUACUUAGAUUUUGCUUCUUAUGUAUGUAGAAUAGAAAUGCUAAUAUACUAAUGUUUGUUAUUAUGUUGCCAAUUUUAGUUUGUAACGCUAGAUUUAUGCUUAAAAACUUAGUUAGUUCCGCCAUUUUCUUUUUAUAAAGGAGGUUACAACAGGCUGGCUAAGUUUUUAUUCACAUACUAUUAUAUUAUGUACAAUUUCACUAUAUAAGCUUCGAAAAUAUGUACUUAAAAUAUGAAGUAAGUAUAUAAGAGAUUAUUUUUUGUAACUAACAUGUAUUGUGUUAAAAAUUGCAUCAUUAAACCAUAUUUUUUGCUUAA